CUUUCUUGGCUAACACUCAAUAGAGCUAACAAGCUAAGAAAAGAGGGAGGCAGUAAUGGCGAUUAAGAACAUUCUUGCUCUUGUGGUUCUUCUCAGCGUUUUUGGAGUUUCAGUCGCUCAAAAAGGCCUUCACCUUGACUACUACAAACACAGGUGUCCUGACGCAGAAGCCAUUGUCCGUCGUGUCACAGUUCAAUAUGUUUCUCGGAAGCCGAGUCUUGCUGCCGGGCUUCUAAGGAUGCAUUUUCAUGAUUGUUUCGUCAGAGGAUGUGAUGGUUCCAUUCUUCUGAAAUCUCUAAACAAUGAUGCGGAAAGAAACGCUAUCCCCAACCUGUCCCUGAGAGGCUAUGAAGUGGUCGAUGCCGCUAAAUCAGCCCUCGAGAAGAAGUGUCCCGGUGUGGUUUCCUGCGCUGAUGUUCUCUCCUUAGUCGCCAGAGACGCCGUCUUAGUGAUCAACGGACCAUGGUGGCCUGUUCCAUUGGGUCGUAGGGAUGGUCGCAUCUCAAGACUCUCUGAGGCUAAUCUACCAUCCCCUUUCGCCGGAAUUGCUGCACUGAAGCAAAACUUCCUCGUCAAGGGCCUAAACACUAAAGACCUUGUCGUUCUUUCAGGGGGUCACACCAUUGGAAUCUCUAACUGCGGUCUCAUCAACAGCCGUAUCUACAACUUCACAGGCAAAGGCGAUUUUGACCCGUCGAUGAACCCAAGCUACGUGAGGACAUUGAAGAAAAGGUGCAAGCCUACUGAUUUCAGGAGCUCAGUGGAGAUGGACCCGGGCAGUGUCAAGAAGUUUGACUCUCACUACUUCAACAUUGUGGCUCAAAAGAAGGGUCUGUUCACAUCUGACUCAACACUCCUCGAUGAUCCAGAGACCAAAAGCUACAUAGAGAGACAGGUUGCUACUGGUGGGUCUUCUUUCGCUAAAGAUUUCUCGGACUCAAUGGUCAAACUCGGUUUGGUCGAAAUCCUCACCGGGAAAAAGGGUGAGAUCAGGAGGAGAUGCGCCUUCCCUAACUGAGUUUCGAUCUAAACAAAACUGAAACCUCUUUCGAUGAUUUGAUUCCAUCACUUAUCCUUCCUUUUGUAUGUUUUUUUUUUUCCUUUCUUUUCCUCCAAGUCUGUUGAUUUCAGACAGAGUUUCCUUUGUAUGAUUUGUUUUGAAGUCUAAUAAACGUUAAAUUGUUAAAAGA